AUGUUGCGAGGAAGAGCCGCAGGCAAAGUCCUGGGUGGCUCUGAUACAAUAUUAUUGGAGCAGGAAGAUCAACCUCGAGAACCGUUGCAGGGUCAUGAACAGGGUUACUACUCUGCAUCGCAGGCGGGUAAUAGCAGUGGCGGGUCAUCAUUUCAGACCAAGUUGCCGCGCAGGGAGUCCAAGGUCAGCUCUGCUCUCCGGGCGCUGACGAAUAGAAGCUCCAGCAUAUCUAUCUUGGAACGGCCCGGGAGCCCACACGGCACGACGACGUCUCGGCGCCCCUCUCCGCCGCGGGACAGCCCCAUGAGCAUCGUCAAGAAGGUUUCAUUAUCUAUUUUCAAGCCCUCGAUAGAUCAUACGGUUGUGCACCGCUCCAAACACAAGGCUCGACUAUCUCUUGAAGCUGCCGGGACCGCACCCACGGUAGCUGUGGCAUCUUCUGAACCAGCCGGUGUGUUCUUACCAGUCUCGUCGUCGACGCUGAACGCGGCCAGCAACAAAAAUAUCAGUACCAAUGAUUACAAGCCUGUAGCCCGCAGUUCGCAGGUCUUCUCUGCACCAAACACCACUUCGACUGGCAUGACAUCAGUCGAUUCUAAGUUCUCAGGCUCAGCCAAAUCUAAAGACAAAGAGAUUGCCGCCCAGUCAAAGGAUAAGGAUGGUGCCGACAACCCUGACAGACCCCACGAUGAUUCUGUUUGCAGGAAGAGUAUCGUCCCUGCGAGGCGCCGCGCGCCCGUUACACGCUGCAGUCCUGAGGGGCCUCUGGCACCAAUUCAGGAAACGAAGCCACUAGAGGACACUGCCAGUCCUGUACCUACCAUUGCCACGGUUGAGCGAGCGGCAGCAGCGAAGAUCUACCUGGAAACGUUCUAUGACGAGCUUCUGUCACGCCCAACCCCUCGAGACAUGCGCUUACUCCGGCAGAAGUUGUAUAUUGACAGCUUCAACCGCGUUGAAUCUGACCACCUGCGUGAGAUGCGCGUCAUGAAGGCUCGCUCGAUCCGUGCUCUCAAUCCACCCAAAGACAGUAGCUUCACUGCUACCCGCGCUAUCUGCGAAAACGAUUACGACGUCAUCAAGAUCCUGGGUAAGGGUAGUUUUGGUGUUGUCCGCUUGGUGCGGGACCGACGAGAGGCCCAGAAACCACUGCAACAGCAAUACUGCAGGACCCCAGGCCCGGCCGUGUACGCUAUGAAGGUCAUCCGCAAGAGCACAAUGUUGCGCACAAGCCAGGAGGGUCACCUACGGGCGGAGCGGGAUUUCCUUGUGGCGUCGGAUGGUUCCAUGUGGAUCGUACCGCUGAUCGCGAGCUUUCAGGACGCGGCGAAUCUGUAUCUUGUUAUGGAGUACAUGCCCGGUGGCGACUUCCUGGGCCUUUUGAUACGCGAGACAACACUUACAGAGCAGGUGGCGCGCUUCUACGCGGCCGAAAUGGUGCUGUGCGUCGAGGCAGCACAUGCGCUGCGUUGCAUCCACCGCGACAUCAAGCCCGACAACUUUCUCAUCAGUGCAUCGGGCCACCUCCGCAUCAGCGACUUUGGGCUGGCCUUUGAUGGUCACUGGAGCCACGACACGGCCUACUACAACAACCACCGGUACUCGAUGCUGCAGAGGCUAGGACUCAGGGUCGAGGGCGACGAGCAGGAUCGGCGGGAGGGGCGGAGCGUACGCAUGACUAUGAAGUGGGCCAGCAACAUCAUGAAUGGGCUGGAGAAGCACGAGCGCAAGGAUCCGGGGCCAGGGGAGGAUGUAAACUUGGACGGCAACUGCACCAAGACGGCUGGGACUGACGGAGGAGCGAGGGAGCCGCUGCUGGCGUGGCGUAACCGUUGCGGCAACCGCACCUGGGCAACCAGCGUAGUCGGCACUAGCCAAUACAUGGCGCCUGAAGUGGUGCGAGGCGAGAAGUACGACGGGCGUUGCGACUGGUGGAGCGUCGGUGUCAUCCUGUACGAGUGCAUCUACGGCCACACGCCUUUCCUGAGCGACGAGGGCCGCCACCAGACCAAGCAGAACAUCGUAAACCACAAUUCCACCUUUGCCUUUCCUUCACGCCCUGAAGUCAGUCCACGCUGCCAGCAGCUGAUGAUGAGCCUGAUAACCGACAAGCAGCACAGGCUGUGCUCGCGGCGAUAUGUUUUCAAGGAUAUGGCUGCUGCUGGGACCUAUGGUACUGCCGGCUCAGAACCUGCUGCAGGCACUAGUCAGGGUAGUAACAGCAACAGAGAUCUGGCUGGGCGAUUUGUGUUCCCCUACGAUGCCGAGGACAUCAAGGCACAUCGAUGGUUUCGCAACAUUCCGUGGGAGCAUAUGCACAAGCUCACGCCACCAUUUGUGCCGCAGAUCCGCAGUGCGGACGACACCAAGUAUUUCGACGAGGAUGAAGAUCCCAUCAGCGACUGGUCCGAUACAGAACCUUCCACACCUGGAGAUGGCGAGGCCGAGACGACUGUUAUCGACGCAGCCGCCACGAUCACAAGCCCAGCAGACCACGUUAACGGCGCAACCACCAUUAUAUUCACGGCGGCGGACAGCCCCGUGGACAGCCCGCCUACGUCGCGAAACUACAACGGCGGUGUGGUCACGGCGCUGACACGGCAGCAAGUGCGCGAGGCUGAGAUAGCGGCGUGGCUGCGCGGAUUCCGACGCAGCAUCCAAAAGGCGGCACGUCACUGGGUGCAAGUACCGUAUGACGCGCUGCGGCUGCGAAACAUCGACCUGCGCAUCGAGUCUCUUCCCGACCUGACGGUCGAGCAACGCGAGAUCCUGCGCAGGUUCGUGCGCCUGUAUGGGCGCAAGGAGAAGAAGCGGCCGCGGGACAGGCUGCUACGCGACAGGCAGACCAAAGGUAUCGUGCUCGAGCUGAGGAAGAGAAACGCGUUCCUGGGCUAUACUUGGCGGCGCAUCAGGCCUGGUGCGUUACAGGAAAUGGUCUCGGCGUUGAAUGCUGAGACCGAUGCCAAGGCUCGAGGUGCUGCCAAUUCGCUUGGUGAAAAUGGGUUCCAAAGACACUAUAUUGGCUGCGAUGACGAUGGCAGAAGAAGCCUCCUCGGCCACGGAGACAUACUCUGA